AUGUAUAAAAAUGAGCCAAUAGAUGAUACAGACGAUAUAUACGAUGCAGAUGGUACAACGCCAAGGACAGGAAAGAUAACAAGGUACAACCAGAACGGGCAACUGACACAAACCAUACAACACGAAAACACAGGACUGGAACUUUAUAGACAGCCUAAUUAUGUAACAGAAAAUAACAACGGGGAUGUCGUGGUGUCUGACUAUGAAAGUGCUGUAGUUGUGACAGAGCGUGGAGGAAGGCAUCGUUUCUCCUACACAGGACAUCCGCCAGGAUCAAAUCUAGGGCCACUAGGAAUAUGUACGGACGCCAUGUCACACAUCCUGGUGUGUUGUAAAGUAACCGAAACAAUACAUAUAUUAGAUAAAAACGGAAAGUACCUGUUCCAUCUGGCAGGAAAAAUACAAGGAAUAGGUGAACCAGUGAGCCUGAGUUAUGAUGUCAACGCUCAUCAUAUAUGGGUCGGAUCGCCAUUCAUUGAGAAUAUUACAGAAAAUGAUAACCUGCAAGAUGAACACUCACCCCGUCCUGAUGAGGAAACCUUGUCCUGCUCAACACAAGCCGUAGAAUGGAGAAUCUAG